UUUACAAUAUGUACAAUAAACAACAUAAAUUAUUCAUUUUAUACAUUUUACAAAUAGGUAGGCACUUGGUUGUUUUGUGUGGUUGGGUUAGCCACUCCUAUUGACAAAUAUGACUAUAUGACUUCUAACCUAGAUUUCUCUGAUUUCAUUUCUAACCUAGUGCCAAAUUUAGACACCCAAAGUCCAAGCUUUCGCGGCCUUAUCAAUUAGAUACAUCCUAAUUAAAUCGCUAAUUACUGUAUUUUCGUGCUCCCGCGGUUGGGCAGUGGACGUUUGUCAGAAUGGAGAAAUAUGUGAAUUUAUUUAAAAGGAAUGUGAUCAAUUUCAAGUUGGAACUAUGCUGCUUUAUGGCCCCAGUGAAAUCGGGGCUGCUGGCGUUCGCUUGCUUACAUAUUUUGAUUGGUGUGUCCACACUAAUGUUCUUCGCAGAAGAAAGUUUCGAACCCCUAUUGCUCAAGGUCCUAAACGGCAUUUCGGACGAGCCUCCUAAUUACGGACCUUCGUGCAUGAUUGUCUACGCUGUCGAACUUGGCUCGAAUGUAGUGCUGUUAUGCGGUAUAAUAAGGAACGACCUCAUACUGCUUCGUGUCUACAUGUACUUUGCCUUCGGAGUUCUGACGGCUGCACUCAUGACUUACUCCGUGAUGUUUGCACCUCAGGAACUAACCGUGAAGUUCCUCAUUGCCGGCAGUAUUGGACACCAAAUCUACAUCCUGUUGUUACUGCGAAGCGCAAUGAUCGAAAUAAAACAGGCUUUAAAACAGAACGAGAACGGCUACGCGGUCAGAUAUCGAAAAACUAGCGUUAGAUAUGUACCAGGCACCAGAGAUAGGUACAGUGUUGUUAUCGAACCUUACAGGCGAAGAUCUACUCAUCCUUAUGACAGAGAGCCUUAUAGACGAAGCAGCUCGUUGGUUCCUUUCGGUAGAGAACCAUACAGAAAAGGUUCUUUUGUACCUUAUAAAGAAGAACCAAGACAAAGUUCAGUUCAAGCACAUGUAAAAGUAGCCGAGGAAGAAAAGGCAACGGUUAUAGUAACGCAACCGAAGGAAGAGCUUGCUAAGGAAGCUGUUGAUAAGGAAGAGACAGUUAAAGAAGUGAAACGUAAGCGUAGCUUCUUUGGGAGGAAAGAGAAGGUGAAAAAAGAUGAAAUCCCGAAAGUGACAAACGAUGCUUGAAUGCUGUGCUUGUAUGAUAAAAUGUAUCACUGUUAUAAAUCUAAAUAAGGUCGAACUUAAAUGUAGCUAGUGAUGAAGUGACUGAUUUAUGUUAUGAAAUGUACGUAUAGGCAAUUAAAUGUGUGAUUAAAGUAUUUAUUUGUUGGAACAAAUAUUUUAAUAAGCCCCCUUUAAAAUAGAAAGCUCUUGUGUUCUAAAGUAUGAAAUACUAAAUUAAUAAAUUCAGAACUAUGACUUUAGAAAAUUCUGUCUACUAGAAAUAAAUAAAAAUUGUUAAAACCCUAAAAACCAAGUUCGGGCCAUGCUCAGUCAGUAUUAGUUUCUAUAUAAACCGCUACCUAACAAUUCCUUAUGAUCGCCUAGUAUGGUUAGGUUAGUACUCUGGUAGUAAGGUUAGGUAGUACAAGUCAUAAUUUCAUAUAAUUUUGACGAUUAAAAUAACACUUGCACUGCGUGUGCUAAUAGCAGAAUAGCACACAAUAGCACAGUGCUAUCAAAAUCUUUGCAGACUUAUCUUGGUCAAACUCUAGGUAGGUAUUAGCUUUCGUGAUGUUUUAAAGUAUCUGUCAAAUGUCACAUAUAAGGGAGAAGGAAACACUUGAUUCUAUUAAAAUAUGCACUUUAACCCUUUAAGCGUGAAGGAUAUUUAGGUUAAUAAUUGAAGCGUAUGCUAUCAAGUAACUUUCAGGUAAGUUGUAUACCUAUUGUCUCGCUGAUGCCCAUAAUCUGGGCAUGUGAAUGACAUUUCAAAAAGCGAAAUACGGAGGGAGUUAAGAAUUCAUAUGCCUUUUGCCCCUACUUCUCUCGCAUAACCCGUUCUUCGCCAGUUCGAUUAUUACCAUCAUAUGAAGGUGAAGGGCUAAAGGCAAAGAAUCGCACGAGAACUACGUUCGCCGUCCUCAUCAAUCGGUAGCUUGCGAUCAAUGGCCAGUCUAGUAAAAUAGGCGAAUGUCACAACGUCAGCGCCAAAUAAAUUGUGACCUUUUACAUUAGCGACAUCCUAAUUAGUGUAUCAGUUAAUGUACAUU